AAACAGAAUUGUACAAAUUUGGUGUUAAAAAUGACAUUUUUCAUUUUUUUUUUAGACUUAUUUUUUUGGUACUUUUACCAACUGGAUUAGAAGGUCAAAAACUGAUUUAUCCGAUUAUACCAUCAUCCAAAUUGUGGAAAUAAUCAAUACGAGUUGAUUUAUGUUUGUAUGUUGCUUGAGAUUAUAAAUGUUACUACUUAACUUUUUAGAUGAUGUAAUUCACAUAUAUAUAAAAAAAUAGGUGUCUAAAUUUGAAGAAUUAAUUUUCAAGACCUCCUAUCAUCAUGACAACUUGAUUUUGGAUGGAUCAUGAGAACCACGAUCGUUUCUUCUUUGGUUUAAU